AUGAGAGACGAUGGCCGUAUACAUGUCAAUCUAGACUCCCAACUGAGCAGAAGGUUAUCCAAGCUGGUCAAACUACCUCCCAGUGAUGGUGACUUGCAUUCCCCACCUCCACAAUACGUUCGCUACACAUCUCCCGAACAGUUUCCAUUGCGACUUAACAUUGUGAUCCACGUGGUGGGAAGCCGGGGCGACGUGCAGCCAUUCGUGGCUCUCGGCAAUGAACUGCAGAGAUGCGGCCAUCGAGUGCGCAUCGCCACGCACGGUACAUUCGAAAAGUUCGUGCGUGAUUCGGGACUGGAAUUCUAUCCCAUCGGUGGCGAUCCAGGAGACUUGAUGUCCUACAUGGUGAAGAAUCCUGGCCUCAUCCCUAGUGUGCAAUCAUUGAGAGCCGGUGAGAUUUCUCAUAAACGUGAGAUGAUUGCGGAGAUGCUCGAAGGAUGUUGGAACAGCUGUAUAGAGCCCGAUCCACUUACCGGACAGCCUUUCGUAGCGGACGCCAUUAUUGCGAACCCGCCGAGCUUCGCUCACAUUCACUGCGCGGAAGCAUUGGGGAUCCCCGUUCAUCUGGUCUUCACAAUGCCUUGGACAGCGACGUCGAGCUUUCCACACCCACUAGCCAACAUUUCCGGCAAGACCAAGGACAUGAAGCUGGCGAAUUAUCUGUCCUACAUCUUGGUGGAGUUCAUGACGUGGCAAGGCCUGGGUGAUGUGAUCAACGGAUGGCGCAAGACAAUUGGUCUGGAACCGGUACCCAACACGGAGGGGCCCCUUCUCGCAUCGACGCUAUCGAUUCCGUUCACAUAUUGUUGGUCUCCGGCUUUAAUCCCCAAGCCCAAAGACUGGCCAGCCAACAUUGAAGUGUCUGGCUUCUUUUUCCGCGAACCUCCAGCAUACACGCCGCCAGACAGCCUCAGAGCUUUCCUGGAGGACGGAGAUCCCCCAGUCUACAUAGGUUUUGGCUCGAUUGUCCUGGACGACUCAGUCGCCAUUUCAUCAUUGAUUGUGGAAGCGGUCAGUGCAUGCGGUCUGCGAGCAGUCAUUUCUCGUGGAUGGAGUCGACUUGACGGUCCUGCUCGAUCUGACAUUUUCUGGCUGGGUGACUGUCCCCACGAAUGGUUAUUUCAACACGUCUCCACGGUUGUGCAUCAUGGCGGUGCCGGUACAGCGGCAUGUGGACUACGCAACGCGAGACCUACAGUGAUUGUGCCCUUUUUUGGCGACCAACCGUUUUGGGGUGAAAUGGUCGCUGCCGCAGGUGCUGGGCCAACGCCUAUACCGCAUAAAACACUCAGCGUCCAGAAUUUGUCGGAAGCUUUGCGAUUUUGUCWGACAAAGGAAGUUCAGGCUGCUGCCGCCAUGAUAUCAGGCAAGAUGAACAAGGAAGAUGGAGUGCGAACCGCCGUCAUGUCUUUCCUCAAUCACCUUCCGCUUGAAAGAAUGCAGUGUGAUUAUCUACCUGACCAGCCCGCUUCCCUGUCCCUCAAAGUGGGCAAGCAUCUGACGAAGAUCUCUGCUCUAGCUGCUGAGAUCUUGAUAAGGGAAGAAGGUGUUCAUGCAGGCAACUUCAAACUGUACCGACCAAGUCCAAUCUUGAUUGAGAAUAGCCGCUGGGAUCCUGCGACUGGGUUAACCUCCUCGAUUAUUGGCACCAGCACCGACCUAGCCGGACUCAUGGGAGACAUCUUCCUCAAGCCCGCAGAAGCGUAUCGACGUGGACGUGGACGUAGCCGGAGCCAAAAGCCAAAGUCGAGGUCAUCUAGCCAUCAAAUAUCACAGAGCAGAGCCACGGAGACAAGCAGGGAUUUGAUCUCAACCAGCGAAAACUUCGCCCGUCUCACUCAGACGCACUCUAGUAUUGAGCGAUUUUCCCAGCAGGCCGACGGCCAAGAUCGCUCUAAACGCACGGCUGUUGCGGACUCCAUGGCCGUCGCAGGAUCCAUGGCCCURGCCUCGGGCAAGUCAAUUGGGAAAAUCGUCCCAACCGUCUACAAAGGCUUCGUGGUGGAUUGGCCACUAGCCGUAACCGAAGGCUUUCGCACCAUGCCUCGUCUCUGGGGCGAAGAAGUCAGAGACUACGGCAAAGUCACCGACUGGAAAUCUGGCGUAGCUGUCGCAGGGAAAUCCUUCAAGCUCGGUAUUGGCGACGGUUUCAAGGAUCUCACACAUCUCCCUGGCGAAGGCGCCAGGAAGGAAGGAGCUUGGGGAGCUGUCAAAGGUGUGGCAAAGGGUAGUGGAAGUCUGUUGUCUAAGACUGUGAGUGGUGGGCUGGGUCUCAUCGCGUAUCCUGGACAAGGAGUCACGAAAUCCCUCUGGACGCUGACGCAUGGGCAGACCGGGAAGCAGAUUCUAGCGGCCAGGCGGAAAGAGGGGAUUUGGAGGGCGAGUUCUAUGCGCAGUGCAGCAAUCGAGGAGGUUCAGAGCAGGUAUUACAACAUGAACAUCGUUGACUGA